AUGAACUCCACAUCCCGCAAUCAUGCCUCGAAAAACUUCAUCUUCUUUGCGGAAAUCCCCAUCCUCGGCGCCUGUAUCACAUUCGUCUUCAGCAUCACCCAGUUCCUCUUCAGGUUCCUCCCCAACAGCCAAAUCUACGGUCCUCGCAUAUUCAUCUUCGGACUUGCUACAGGAUCCUGUCCUGCUCUUGAAACAGCAAAGGCAGAACAACAGCAUGGCCAACUUUCACUUCCCUUGCCAAAGGUUCCCAUUGGUAAAAUGACUCGCGAGGAGGUUCAAAUCGCAUUUUGCCUAACUCCCAAUCCAACGGAUGAGGCCUCGUGGAUGCACCCCCCGCCAGCAGGCCCUCUCCCACAAUGUGCUAUCGAAAUGCUGGAGAUAUUUCAAAGAGGCAAACGGCGCAGCGCUCACAAAGAAUCAGCAGCACGAUGUGUCAUUGAUAUUCUACUGUACUCAGUGCUAGAUCAGGUCUCUGCAUCUAGCAGUCAUAGGCAAUGGCCCUUGAAUUUGGAACACGAAACAUACAUGACCUCUCGGCCCAUCCAGUACACCGCACGACAGUACAAAACCAGCGGACGUGCAGAUUACACCCUAUGGUAUGGUGAAACCCGUACGAUGUCAGAAAAGGCUAUCAACCUGGUUAUUGUUGAAGCCAAGAAGGAGGGUAUGGUUAGCGCUGGAGAAGCUCAACUACUGGGAUACAUGGGUAUCGUUCACCAAGAGCGGAAAGCCCUGAGAAAGUUCAAUAGAGUUGUUUACGGCGUGGCUAGUGACGGAGAAGAAUUUCGCUUUUUCCAGGUAAACAAUAAUAGCGAGUGGACAACAGUCUCUCACCGAACCUUUGGAAGAAAGUACGACAAAGUAGUUGAUCUUUUGACAUACAUUAUGCAAGAGGCCAUCUCUCUUUCACCUUUCGUGUCUAAAAACGUUUCGGCAGAGGAUGACCCCAUGACAGACGCUGGGAUUCCUUCGGUAUAG